CACAGCUGUUGUUUUGGAAGUUUUGGAUCCAGAUUUCCUUUUUUUUGGAAGGAUGUUGUGACUUUACUGGACUGCAUGAAAUGCAUCAGUAUUCAAGGGGAGGCAAACUCACCGCUCUCUUUGACUGCUGUUAUAACUUUUGAUCACAUGACUUUAUUUUGGUAGUUCCCACCUUGGAAUACAGCCCACAGAAUCGCAAUUUCAGCUUUUUAAUCUGCAUUUUACUUUUUAUUUAUCACCAAAUGUGAUUAAAGUGCCAGAAUUUGGCUUAUUGACCCGAGAGAGACGAGCCACAGGUCUGCCGAGUUUCACGGCAUCUAAGAGGACAACAGGACUUUGUGGACAUCCGGCCCUGCACACCUGAAAUCAACUCUGCCUGCCUCGGUUGGGGGGGAGGGGGGGGACGGGACUCUCAGCCCGUCCUGUCAGCGCAAUGGUGAUGUCGCAGGGCACCUACACCUUCCUGGCGUGUUUUGCCGGCUUCUGGUUGGUGUGGGCCGUCAUCGUCAUGCUCUGCUGCUUCUGCAGCUUCCUGCAGCGCAGGCUGAAGCGCCACCACGAGGAGAGGCUGAGGGAGCAAUGUCUGCGCACUGUAGAGAUGGAGCCACUGGGCUGCCCCCCCACAGGAUACCCGCCGCCUCCUCCACCGCCGCCCCCGCUUUCACCCCCACCAACAUCUUUACAGCUGCCCAGGGAGCCGCCACAGUUCUGCGGUCCCGAAACCCUGUCGCCGCCUAUUCCUCUGCAGGUCCCGCAUCCCAUGCCACAAGCAAACUGGGUCAGCAUACCAGACACAGACAUAUUCGGGAAGCCGCCCUGCUAUGAGGAGGCGGUUCUGAUGGAGGACCCUCCUCCGCCCUACAGUGAAGUAUUGGCCGACCUGCGGGGGGGCACCUACCUGAAGCCCGCCCCGCUCCGAGCCGCACCAGUUGCUGCCCCGCCUCUGAGGGAACACCAGGAUCCUGCUCCAGUGUUCACAUCCGAGACCAGCAAGCCUCCGGUGAGGUCUUUGUUCCCCGACCGAGGUUACUCCUCUCUGAUUCGCCUGCCAUCGUCCCAGCGCUGGGACUCCCUGGGUCAUCUCCUGUCCAACAUGGACCUGAACCACAACAACCUCAGCCCGCCGGUGGCCCGUCCUAUCCAGGCUGCCACUGCGAUGGCUACCAUGCCCCGCCGAGAGCCCAGGAUUCACCACGAGGGACUUGGUCUCAGAGGUGGAACACAAGGGCUCCAAGGAAGCAUACAAGGACUUCAAGGAGGCACACAAGGACUCCACGGAGGCAUACAAGGACUCCAAGGAAGCAUACAAGGACUCCAAGGAAGCAUACAAGGACUCAGCGGAGGCAUACAAGGACUUCGAGGGGGGAUACAGGGGUUCCAAGGAGGGUUCCAAGGUCUUCAGGGGGUCCAUGGACUAAGGGGACUCGAGCCCAGCUGUGGCCUGCCAACAGCCUUCCCCCUGCUGGGUCGUAGCACCGCAGUCUAGACCGGGAUGCUUACUGGAGGAGUCUUUACUAACCACUAAGGUGGUUCAUCUCUUAAGAGCCAUCAAGCAGGGGAUGUCUAAAGGCAGACUUCCUGUCUGUGGGCCUCCUUUGCAGCUCUGUGUUUAGUAGUAGAGAUUUAAUUAAGAGCUGAAAGAGGGUCAAAGUGCUGCCAAGGUGAGGAGCUACUGGCAGCUAUGGGCGAGGUUCAGGUGUGUGUGAGACGGCCGCGACCGUUGGUUCAAAACAACAAUGGCCGACGUGAUUGACGGAUGGUUCAUUCGAUUACCUGACAGGUAUUUUUUUGAAAGUGCCCGCCCUUUCCCCAACAGUUCCCAAUGGAUUCUGGUUCUGUGUUAACCGACAAUCUGGCGCGUCACGUUACUGCAAAGACCCCGAGAAAUUGAGUCCCCCCAUGCAGCCCUGUGGGUUUAGGACUGGGACUGGGACUUUCAGCGCUGGGGGCGUGAGUUAAGGAGGAAAUUACACACCAUUUGACACCAUUUGUGUUGUUGAGCUACAGAUGCAUGAUGUCCCAUUGACCUGCAACUUUGUCUUUUUCUGGGUUGAAAUUUCAACCCUAUUCCGAUCCGAUUUUUGUCACUUUUGACGUUUUUUUAAUUAUGUUUAAGUCACAUUUUUUAACAACCUUGUUGUUGCUUUUUCCC